UAUAUUGAAAGUAAUAUUUUAUUGGAAAACAAUGAAAUUGAGGAAAUAAUUUCUAAACUACCUGAUGUUCAAGCUAAGAAAAACAAAGAGCCAAUUGGUGAAGAUGAAGAUGAGGAUGGAGAGCCCAAUCCACCUGUAUCUGCUGCUAAAGUAUGCAAUGCGAUGCAAACCGUUAUUCACUACAAAGAACAGGAAAAUGCGGA